ACUCCCAGCAUGCCACUGAAAUGUAACGCACGCGCAGUCCUGUUGUCUUUAUAUCCAGUGAGCAGCGUAGUAGAAGUAGAGGUGACCCCCCCCCCCCCUACAUCAUUGAGAGUGGCAGAGUAGCUUGCUGCAGAAGAUCUGUAACUGCAAACAUGAGUGACCCCAUUAGAGUUUUGGUGACCGGCGCUGCUGGACAGAUUGCAUAUUCCCUUCUGUAUGGCAUCGCGAAGGGUGAUGUCUUCGGCAAGGAUCAGCCAAUCAUCCUUAUCCUGCUGGACAUCUCGCCCAUGAUGACUGUCCUCAAUGGGGUUGUCAUGGAGCUUCAGGACUGUGCCCUCCCACUUCUGAUAGAGGUGAUCGCAACAGACAAGGAGGAGGUGGCCUUCGCGGACCUGGACGUUGCCAUCCUGGUGGGCUCCAUGCCCAGGAGGGAGGGCAUGGAGAGGAAGGACCUGCUGAAAGCCAACGUGUCCAUCUUCAAGUCCCAGGGGGCUGCCCUGGAGAAGUUCGCCAAGAAGACCGUCAAGGUCCUGGUCGUCGGAAACCCUGCAAACACCAACUGCUUAAUCGCGGCCAAGUCUGCCCCCUCCAUCCCCAAGGAAAACUUCUCCUGCCUGACCCGGCUGGACCACAACAGGGCACGCUCCCAGGUGGCCAUGCGUGUCGGUGUGCCUGCCAACGAUGUGAAGAACGUCAUCAUCUGGGGAAACCACUCCUCCACCCAGUACCCCGACAUCCACCACGCCAAGGUCAACAUCCAAGGGAAGGAGGUGGCUGCCUUCGAGGCUGUGAAGGAUGACAGCUGGAUCAAGGGGGAUUUCAUAUUGACUGUGCAGCAGCGCGGAGCUGCGGUCAUCAAGGCCAGGAAGCUCUCCAGCGCCAUGUCUGCUGCCAAGGCCAUCUGCGACCACAUGAGGGACAUCUGGCACGGCACCGCCGAGGGUGAGUCUGUCUCCAUGGGGGUCUACUCCUCCGGGAACAGCUACGGUGUGCCUGAUGACCUCAUCUACUCAUUCCCUGUUACAAUCCAGAAUAAGUCCUGGAAGAUGGUGGAGGGGCUGGAGAUCAACGACUUCUCCCGCGGGAAGCUGGACGCCACCGCGGCAGAGCUGGUGGAGGAGAGGAACACUGCCGUCUCCUUCCUGGGGGAGUGACUAGCGCAGCAGCACUUAGCCACCUCGAAGCCUCCUGACCCUCGUCUGUAACACACUCCUGUGCGCAUACGUUGUGUGUCACACCCUCAAGCUGUUACACGAAACGUAGAAAUUUUAAACCUAGUUUACCAGGCCUUUGUCAGAAGGUGUCAACAAUGCACUAGCUGUCCGAUCAUUGUAAUGGCUGCUUUUUGAGUGUAACAAUAAAACCACAAGAUUGAGAACUA